AUGUGGUUUGUAUUUGAAGCAUGCGGCAUAGUCUGCGUGUUUUUCUGUUACUUCACAGUUUUCACUGUUUAAUUUGCAUUCAUUCGCAUCGGUGUUUGGGAAGACUUACUCCUGGGGAAUACCUGGGGCUAUAUUCAUCUAAUGAUAUUCCUAUAUAACGUAUUCAUGAUUAUUGCGAGUCAUUUAAAAUGCAUGACAACUUAGCCUGGGGUCCUACCAAGAGAUUACGAAGAGCUAGACAGCUCGAAACUUCCUCAUGAACUUAGUCUGGCUUUGACUUAGAUUCAAAAUUCUUUGCUUAAUGAUGAUGAGGACGAGGAUAAAACUUAAUAAAAUUAGAGUUUAGCUUCUGAUAGCACUAAUAAUACAACAUUAGAUACUAAUUCUACUCUAGAUUAGCAAAAUGAUUAAUUCAACAUAGAUGUUUAGAAAAUCCAAAGACAAAAACAGCAAAAGGACUAGGAACGCAAGGCUAUGCAAUCAAUUAUGAAGAGUGUAAACUAAAAGGGCAAAGUGACCAAUGACACUGAAGAUCAAUAACCUCUUAACAGUAAAGUAGUUGUCAAUGCUAGAAACGUCAGAUUCUUAGAUAAAAUCCUGUCUAAGAAAUGCAAGAAAUGCAACUCAAUCAAGCCUCCACACUCUCAUCACUGCUCUAUAUGUAAAAGAUGUGUUGCUAGAAUGGAUCAUCAUUGCCCCUGGGUUAAUAACUGUGUUGGCUUCUAUACUUAGAAGCAUUUUAUCCUGUUCUUAAUUUACGUGUUCAACGGCAGUGGUCAUGCUCUGUAUCUUUUAUCUAAAAAUGCGAUCUAUUGCCUAGAUAAAAACUGUGCACUAUUCAAUUCAAUCUUCAAUAUGGCACUAACUAUUGAUAAGCUACAAAAAUCAGAUGAUAAGAAAGAUAGAAAAAGCACUAGAACUGGAUGGUAAAAUCUUGAUUAGGUGUUCAGUGGGGGUUAAGGGUUUAGCAUUUGGUGGUUCAUUCCAAUUGAUAUUCCAAAUUUAAUCUGUAGACUUUAGCUUUCAGAAUAGCUAGAACAGGCUCUUGAAGAGGAAUUCGGUAAAAUUUAGGAUGAUCCCCUUAUGUCCUCAAAGUUUGACAUUAAUGAGUACAUCAAUUCUCAGUUUAAUGAUGAAAGCUCCUUGAACAAUCUGGAAUCAUGCAUAAUGUAGUUUGAUGACUAGAUCAAUGACUUGGAUCAGUAGAUUAAAGAGUGCAUUAGAGAGUAAGCAUAUGCAUCAGAGAGUGCUAGAGAUGAACUUAAGAAAAUCAAUGAGGAGAGCGCUUUUCUGAUAGAUAGAAUUCAGAGUGUGAAGUAGAAAGCAGAUGUGUCAGAGGAGAUGGUCAAGUCAAUCUGCUCUGAUAUCAGAAGUCUUGACUUCGCUAAGAAGAACAUCACUUUCACCAUUACCUCUUUGAAGCGAAUGAUAAUGCUUAUUACUGGAAUCGAAUAACUCAGAGGGUUUUGCAUUAACAAAUAAUACCGAGAAGCCUCUAAUUUGAUUGAGGCCACUGAUGAACUGUGCAACUACUUCAAGGACUAUAAAGAUGUGCAGUAGAUCAAAGAUCUCAGAAAGGAAAGAGAUCAUCUCUGCAACCAACUUAGACUUUAGAUAUUUGAAGAUUUCAAUAAAAUUGACAAGGGAAGUCUAUAAGAUUUACUUUAUGAGGCAUGCUUUGUAAUAGAUGCUCUAGGCUAACCUGAUGCAUCAUUUGAAAAUACAAAGAGAAGAUUUGCAUGGCUAAGAAGGACACUUAAAGAAUUCUAGGAAAAGUAUGAGUCGAUCUUCCCAUCUGAAUGGAACUUAAAACCAAUGAUUGCCUAUGAAUUCUGUAGAAAUACUAAACUGCACAUUGACAGUAUUCUAUCAACUUAGCAUCAUAGUAUUGAUGUCUCUAUUAUAAUAGACAUCUUAUAAAAUACAAUUGAUUUUGAGCACGAUCUGCAUAAAAGGUUCACUGGUGCUACGUCAGGAAUGCAAAGUAACUACGACGACAUGUCAAGUCAUGCUGUUAACAUUGAUAAGUAAGGCAAUGUGAAAAUAGAGGGAGGUUCAGCAAAGGAGAUAAAAGAAAAAUAUAAAGACCUCAUUGGCAAAGAUGAAAAAGCUGAGCAUAACAAGGUGUAUGAGAAAAUUAGAGGCAAGACUAAAAUGAGUGCACAUAUUUACAGAUUCAAGGGCUGUAUUUCAGAGUGCUUUGAGCCCUACCUAAAGUCUUAUUCUGAGUCAGAGGAGAGAAAGAUCAUUGAAGCCAUUGAAACAGUAAUUGGGCAAGGAGAUAAGUUGGAAAAUCUUGACUACUUGGUUUAUGGAUCAAGUCUACAUCUAUUCAAAAAUAUAAAGGGAUCACUGAAGAGAUGUAUAAGUUUUAGCACUAGUAAGGCAUUAUUUGACUUGCAUAUAUCAUUCAAGAAUGCUUUCAGACACUACUCUAAACUUCUAAGAAGAAACUUGCCAAAGCUAGGAACAGAGCAGGAUAAAAUAGCUAUAAAUGACGAAUAAGAAAUAAAAUGUUGCUACGUAAUUAACACUGGAGAUUAUUGUCUGGAGACGAUUCCAGGACUAAAUAACUCAAUCUUAGAUAAGAUAGAUGAGCAAUAUAAAAACAAGAUUGAUCUUAAUGUUGCCUAAGACACAUUUAGAGAACUAAUAAACUAAUGCGUAAUUGGAAUUGCCUCUUUCACUGGAGUUCAAGAUACUUCGUACUAUUUCAGGACUAUUUGCCAAAUCAUUUAAAAGAGAGUUAUUGCUAUCAAGGGAAUCUUAAAUCCAACCUAUUUCACUUACUUCUUAAAUAAACUUGUCUCGUAAAUUUUAAUAAGCCUUAAAUUUUACAGAGCUGUUACUUCAUAGUAUCUGAAUCAAGUUUACAAAAUCAAGAAAGUUAAUGAUGAAAGCUCUCAAUAAUUUCUUUUGGACUUAGUUGAAAUGAAAACUACUUUAUUGAACCUACCACAUCUUCAAGCAGAGGGAUAGUCACAAUCAUCACAGAAUAAAAUACCUGAGUCCUAUUAAAAUUUCGUUUAAAAAUAGAUACUUAAACUAGAGGGAAGGUUCAAAGUUCUAGGUUAUCCAUUAGAACAGAUAAAGGAUGCAUAUAAGACACUAGUCAAGGAUUAGACUUAGGAGGACUUAGAGCAAAUCUUAACAAUUAGAGGGGUAAAGAAAUCAGAUUUCGGGCAGUAUAAAUUAAACAUUUGA